AUGCAUCGGUGGACGAAUGUGCUCGUGUUCACAGUGCUCUGCGCACUGCACGGCGCUCUUGCCGAGAGCGAACUAAGUUUGUCAUUUCUUUUUGCAGAUAACACUGUAAAAAUGCUGUCAGUAUCUACUUCAGCAAACUGAUUCAGAAUCGUUUUGUAAUUUUUCAAGCUUUCCACGAGACAAACCACUUUUCAGAAACCUCUAUAAAUCAUUUUCAGAAAAAAAAAUUACCCAGUCCUAAAUUUUUUGCGACACCAGUAUUUUUUGAUAGAAAAUUCGAGUUUUGAUGAAAAAACAUUGAAAUUUUAUCUGCGAUUAUGUAGAUUUCAAUGAUACGAAGUUCACUUCCAAGCUCAAUCUAAAGCUCCAUCGUCGUAUCCAACUUUUUCAAACAAUCUUUAGUCGUUUCGCUUUUUCAACCGACUUCAGUUUGACGUCGCAGUCAAGGAAGGAAAAAAGCGAAACUAAAAAUAUCAUAGCCUCUAUGGGCCGAGAGUCAGAAAAUGGUUAGAAUCCGGGGGCGCUCCACCCAAAAGCUGAAUGAAUUGUUAGUUUUUAUUUUUUUUCGGACCUCAAGGGACUUCCCGCCGCCUUUUGAAAUGACGCGGCUAUGUGCUUCUCUGACAAGUAAUAUAAAAAAUUACAUAACCCGUCUUUUUCAAAAAAAGGCGGGAAGCGAAGCUUUCGCCUAGUUGGAACAAGCGAUAGCAUUAGAACUAGAAAGAGCUUUUUUUCUUAACUAGAAAAAGCUUUUUCUGGUUCAACCUGGAGAGAAAAAAACGUCUCAAACGAUUGCAAAUACAUUCCGAUGCUUCUUUUGAUAUAAAAAAUCUAACGACUUCUCUGAAACAAUCCAAUUUAAAGUUUCAAAUUAGUUUCAUUUCUUUCAGUUUACGAGAUAAUAGAAGAACGCGACCCAGUAGACGGCAACGGUAAUCCAAGCCUCAUGCCUGGCCUCGUCUUUGAGAAACGAGGUAAGAACUAUGGAUGCUUGAAACCCUGAGGUCUGUCAACAAAACUAAAUAGGAUCCUUCCAAAAAGUCUUCUCUGAAAACAAGAGCUGGACAUAGACGAGUUACUUCCUGAGCAAGGCUAUAAAUCAAAUUUGCCGACAAUAAAAGCGGAAACAGAAAAAGAGCUCAUCCAAAAAUCUUUUUCCACUCACAAGAUCGACUACGCGGGAGAGAUAUGAAACUACUUCAUCUGAACUUUCAGACUUUGACGGCUCGAUGCCAGGAGUUCUUCGGUUUGGCAAGCGCCGCUUGUGGGACGAAGACCGCAAAAGCGCCGUCCAGAAGAAGGAAGUUCCUGGAGUUCUUCGUUUCGGAAAACGAUCGACCUUUCUGAACGAGAAGAAAAGUAUGCCAGGUAAACGUUCGUCUUUCAUGGGAAACCUGGAAAAUAAGACCUAAAGAAAGUAAUCCGAUUGCAAAUAGAUGCUUUCAGUCUACGAUAAACAAAUUUAGGAGUUCUCCGCUUCGGGAAAAGAGGUCUGAGCGAGAAACGCGAGAUCCCAGGAGUUCUGAGGUUCGGAAAACGUGCGGACCUGGAAGACUACCUGCAGAAGCGCAACGACAUGCCCGGUAAACGAUUUGAGGCCACCCUUUAAGAAGUUCAGCUUCAGGAGUCCUCCGCUUUGGCAAACGAGACGUCCCUGGAGUUUUGAGGUAAUUUGAGGGAAAAAUGAAGCGUUGACAUUUUUGAGGAUAUAUUUUUUGAGUUACAAGUUCAAGCAGGAAAGACAGCUUGUAGAUUCGGAAAGCGAUCGGAGGUCGUCUUCGACGAUGACACGGGAAACCUUCUUCUCAAGAAAAGCGUGCCUGGUGUGCUGCGCUUUGGCCGUAAAUAGUUUCUGAAAAGGUCAGAACGUCGAAAAACAUUUAACCUUUCUCUUAUUUUCAGUUUUGAAAACCUCUUACCAGAGCUUCAUGCCAUUCCCUAUCUUUGCGAGGAAAGUUCAACUUGGUUUCACCUUUGCUAUCCAUGGAAACUGUACCUUUUGCAGUACUUGUCGCCGUGCACUCUACAAUAA